AUGGAACUCGCUGCUCCGCUUUAUGCGAAAAUCCGAGGCAAAAAUAAGGCAGAACCUUCACUUCUGGAUGGACUUCUCCAUCGGGGCUUCCCGGUGCACCAAGCGUAUAAAGCGCUCGCUGCCACUGGUUGGAGUUCAUUGCAGUCUGCAGAAGAAUGGUUGAGAGAACAUAAGAGAGAUCCGUCUCUGGAGGACCCGAUCCCUCAGGAGUAUGUUCUGUACCUGAUUCCUUCGGGGCCCCUAGGGACCUGCCUUCAGGAGUUCUGGAAGGAGAGUCUCCGAGUGUCCGGGAAGAACAGAGCCCAUUCCAGCUUCCCUCAUAUCACCUUGUGCCAUUACUUCACUUGUGAAGAUCGGAAGAUCGAAGGUCUCUACAAGGCCCUGCAGAUGGCUGGAGAGAAUUCUUCCUUCCCUCAGACCGUCUCUCUUUCCCUUUACUCGUCCGCUUCAUUCAUUGGAUUCUUCAUCAAUAAAGAUCAGGCCGGAGCCAUCCGGAGCUUUGUGGAGGCGUUCUGUAGUCUGGCCUCCACGCAUGCAGAUUGCUCCAUCAGGUUGGUCUCUCGAGAGUUUCACUUGACUUUGGCACACAAAUUCUCUCCGCACCUUCAAGGGACCCUGGAAUGUCUGGCCAAAUCCAUCUGUCCUACUCAGAACUGUGUGUGGGAAGCCACACUUUACUCCAGGGAUAUGAGAUUUGUCCAUUACCAGACACUCCGGGCCGUGUUCCCAUUCAGUCCGGUGAAUGAGGAUGAAUUAACGCUCAGACAGGAAGAUUAUGUGUUUGUAGACCCCUCUCAGAUCCCGCACUCUCCUCAGGGGUGGCUCAUGGCGGUGUCACAAAGGACGGGAAGUUGGGGGCUGGUACCAGAGAACUACCUGGAGAGAACCUCCGAAACUGUCACCUGGAUCCAACACCGGUAAGACUCUGCGACACGGCGACUUAAUGAGGUUUGAUGUUCGUAAAGUGAUGUACUUGGUAGAUCAUAAAUGUAUUACUCUUACAAUCUAGGUCAGUGGUCUCCAAAUAGCGGCCCGGGGGCCUGAUGCGGCCCUUUGCAUGCUUUUAGCUGGCCCUUGGGGCACUAUUUCAUGCACUGAUACC